CUCUGUGAUAGCUUGGAUUAAGAAAAAGGGGCUUUAGCAGCAAACAACCUGCUUUUCACCGCGAUCGCCACAAGUACGGACUACCAGCAACAUGAGAGCCAUCCAGUGUUACUUGCUUCUGGCCUCCCUCAUCCUCUUCACUACCUACAGUGAAGCUUUACAAUGCUACACCUGCAUGGGCUCUAAUGACGAGGACUGCAACCGCCAGGGCUCCAAAAUCUGUCCCAGCUACUCAGACGCAUGUGCCGUUGUCCGAGGCCACGGCAGUGGGGUGAUGAAGUCUUGUUCCUACAAGUCCUUCUGCAGCCAGGCCAACAGCCAAGGCUACAGGGCACCCGGGGUCAAGGUUCACUGCUGUUUCUCUGACGACUGCAACGUGACAGGCAAUGGCUCCAAGCUGGGUGGAGGGGUCAGCUACCUGAUACUGCUGCUACCCUUGCUGCUACACCUUCUCUCCAAUUAACCCUGCCACCAUCCUCCCAUCCAUACCCCUGCCCCCAGAAUCAUGCCAAUGACUCUUAUAUACGGUCCAAAUCUUGGAUUUGCCACUUCCCACCAUCUGUCAGGCAACAUGAUGUACUCAAAAUAACAUUUGAGUGUUGUCCACUCCUCACUGUAAAAUUGUGUCGCCCCUUAAAAUUCCAUUUAACUCUCAAGUUAACCUUGUACAGCAGUAACUUGUUUGAGUAUGUUGAUUGCUGAGUACAAUGCACACACAUAGCACACGUAUACACGCAUACUGUAUAUGCACACACAAACUACUGCAAUCUAAAGAUAUCGUUUUGUCACAGUUAGGUCCUCCAGUUACAGUCUUAAAUACCCAUGGUAAAAAGCAGACUGGGGUUCCUUUAUGCUACUUACAGGAGUGUAGUGAGGCAUACCAGAUGUAGCCAGAUUAUGGACAGCUCCAGUGGUGGUUGGUCUGUUAGCCUUUUAACUGGGUUCUGACUGUCCUUAAUGUCUGGGUAUUUGUGAAAUCUGGAAGUGAAGGAACUCACCUUGCGCUUUGUUAAGCUACCUAAGCCUUGUAGAUGCUGUGGCCAGGUGCUUGGCUAAUCCACUCAUCAGCCCCAAGCAGUUUAAAUAAUUAUCAGAAUGAUCUUUUAAAGAGUGCUCUCACUGUUACUCCUCACACAGUAUAUGAUUGUAGGGACAUUAAGAAAAGUAGAGAGAGAGAGAAACAGAAAGAGAGGGACAGAGACAGAGAAAGACAGAGAGUGAGUGAGAGAGUAAGAACAAUAAUAAGGGAGAUACAAGGUGAAGAUGAAGAGAGGAACUAGUUAACAUAAAAAAACUGACAUUCUAGGAACUCUAACAGCUAAAGUAGCCUAUUUGUUAAAUGCCACACAUCAAGUAUUUUCUCUCAUUCUGCAGUAAUGAGCUUUGGAACUCUUACUAAGACAUAAUGCCAUAAUCAUAGGUUAAGUCAAAUGUAUCUUGCACCCAACAUUUCUAAAAACGCUGGAUCAAAAGAAACAAGCAACCACUUUCUUUUUCUGUUCUAUGAUGUAAUGUAUUCUGUCUGUAUCUAGCAGUGUGCAAGAUCGGAGUCAUUGUGCUGUAUCCCGCUGUAUUAGAUUUACAGUAUGAUGCUAGAACAGAUUUACUGUAUGCAGGUCAUUGUUCUACUUCAUAGAUCAUU